CCAUCAACCAACAACAACAUCGGAAAAGAACGACCACUGUGUUGUACUACUACCUCGUCGCAACGUACGGUAUACCUCUGGCUGAAAGCGUUGGUUGACAUGGCACCUUCUGCGGUCGACACAAACGGAGUGUCGCCUCCAGGCGAUUCGAUGAACUUUCUCAAGGAGAACGCCAAAGCGCAACAGAACACCACCUCAACGGGAUCUCCAUCACCGACAACCACGCAAACCACGCAGUCAGCCUCUACGGACAUUCACUCGUCCAGCACCCGUCAUCACGAAGAAUACCAAUACCUCGACCUGAUACAAGAGAUUCUCAACCGCGGCGAACAUCGACCCGACCGCACCGGCACAGGGACGCUCUCGCUCUUCGCGCCGCCUCAACUGCGCUUCAGCCUGUCCAAAGCGGACCCAUAUUCGUCCACUGGCGAGCGCAUAGCGGUACUCCCUCUCCUGACAACGAAGCGGGUGUUCCUGCGCGCCGUGACCACCGAACUUCUCUGGUUCGUAUCCGGGUGCACGACAUCGAAACCGCUCUCCGAAGCCGGAAUCCACAUCUGGGACGGCAACGGGUCGCGCGAGUUUCUCGACAAAUUAGGGUUCACGGAGCGUGAAGAAGGGGACUUGGGCCCUGUAUACGGCUUCCAAUGGCGACACUUUGGUGCCGAAUAUCAGGAUUACAAAAGCGACUAUACUGGUAAAGGGGUGGACCAGAUCAAAGAAAUCGUACGAAAACUGAAAGAGAACCCUUACGACCGGAGAAUCAUCCUGAGUGCCUGGAAUGUGGCCGACUUGUCAAAGAUGGCCUUGCCGCCUUGUCAUAUGUUUGCACAGUUUUACGUCAGUUACCCUGAUGCUCCGAGGGGCGAAGCUGCUCUUCAACAACAACAGACCAACACAGAGCAGAAGUCAAAGGGCAAGGGUGACCUGUCAUGCUUGUUGUAUCAACGAUCGUGCGAUAUGGGCUUAGGCGUGCCGUUCAACAUCGCUUCCUAUGCCCUGCUGACGCAUAUGCUCGCCCAUGCAUGUGAUCUUGUGCCAGGCGAGCUGAUCCAUACCAUGGGUGACGCCCAUGUGUACCUUGACCACAUUGAUGCCUUGAAAGAGCAGUUGCUGCGCGAACCGAGGGAAUUCCCCACGUUGAAUAUCAAGCGCGAGGAUAGAGGGAGCGGCGAAAUGGACGGUUGGAAACUUGAGGAAUUAGAAGUCGUCGGAUACAAGCCGCAUGGCGGGAUUAAGAUGAAGAUGAGCGUAUAAUGGCAGUAUACCUGAUGAUGAAUCUUUUUUAAUCCGAGUUGCCACAGUCACAUUGUAUAUGCAAGAUGCGCGAGGAGAGUGGUUUUUUUUAGGCACGGUUAAACUGCCCAGCGUGCUUUAGGGACAAUCGGUUCUUCUGUAGGGGUAUCAUAUCACAAUUGACGUCUAGAAGCUUUUUCUACCGUGGUAUCAUAUCAUAUCCAAUGUUUGGAGACUUGUGCAAUGGGGUAUCAUUAAAAACGAAAAGAGAUAUGUAUCGAGAUGCCCUGGUAAUUUAUACCAUGGCGGCAACCGCCACCAAUUCAUUUGCUUCCAU